GACCUUGAUGGCCGACUACAUAGAGGUUGUGUGUACUCAGUGCUGUGUUCUUUACGGGGAUGGCUGCUGUGGGUGAUUUAUGGGUGUCUUGGUUCAGUUGUUGCGUCCAGCAGCCCCAGAAACGGCGCAUUCGGAUCGACAGAUCGAUGAUUGGCUCACCGACCAAUUUCCAACACACAGGCCACAUUGGCAGUCGAGACGUCGAAAUGCCCGGUGACCAACUUGUGGCCCUACAGAACCAAAUGAAAAGCAAAGGCGGUUAUGAGACAACGUACAAGGAUCUAAACUGGUGCCAAUGAUUUUGUUAUUAUUUAUUGUGAGACGUGUGCAAGUGCGACUGUUUAAUUUAAAAGUAUUAGGUCAAAUGUGUGUAAAUACGUGUUUAUGUAAAUAGGACUUUGGUAGCAUUCAGGUGGCAAUGUUUGUAUUAAAACCGCAUUUAUUUGUAUCAUACCAGCCUUAGAUAAGUGCACUCUAGGAAUUUUCCAUUUUAUCAUGUUGUUUGUUAUCAUUUAAAUGGUGCUCUUGUUAUCAGUUUUUAUAUUAAUUUUCGUAGCUAGUUGAGCCGUGCCAAAAAUCAGACUAAGUUAAGUAUUUUAAAACUUUUUUUAAAUGAAACCAAAAUUGAUUGUGAUUUUUUAUUAUGUGAAUGAACACUGACAGCAAUAAUGCCUUCUAACCUCUCUGGAAAUUGACGUUUCCAACUCGCCUUAACGAAUUGAAAUAUUUUUGCACAUACCUGUUAAAGCACGAGUAUUAUUCUUGAUACUGUUAUUGUACUUAUUAGUGUAAAUUUGUAUCCGUGAAUAAAUUAUGAUUAGUUUGA